AUGGCUCAGAAGACGGCCAGUGCAACCCCUUCGGGGGAGCAGUCGUCAAGCACGACUCCCUCCACCGCAGACCUUCCGGAUACUGCCGCACCAUCCCAACCAGGCAUCAUUUCUCGCGCAACGGCGUCCAUAUCGACGACGGGUGACCGAGCCAGUUUGAAUGAGUCUGAUCAGACACGGGCGCAGGCCGCGUCUCAACCGAUGUCCAAAUCCACCUCAACUGGGUCUGACCCCUCGGGAAAGGAUGCCGCUGCGGAGACGGCCUCACCAUAUGGCACCCGGUCGCGGUACCGUACCGGUUCGUCUCGUCCAAAUUACGCCGAAGACAAAGAUAUCGACGUAGACAUGUACGAUUUUAUUCCUGAGAAAAAGGAACUCGAGUCUAAAAAGUCGUCUCGCCACGCCAAGGAGUCUGCAACCUCGGCGCAGGAACACCCACGAUCGAAUGGGUCUUCGCGUAAGACCACUUCUGCUGACGACGUGAAGACUCAUGCUCUCGGCCACAGCUCGAAGGACGCGACGGUCGCGAAUGCUUCUGGUGCGUCCCAAAAUGCGGCCCAUUCCGGUAACGCAGCGCCAUCCAAAAAACGCAAGGCGGCUGCACAGGCAUCGUCGACAUCCGCUUCACAGUCACAGUCACAGUCACAGUCACAGACACCCGCGCCGCCAGCCGCGACAGGCGGAGGAAGCUCACGACGAUCUGCGCCGACGACAUCUCAAAAUUCCAGCGGCUAUACCUAUCCGGGCACGAAUAUGCUGAGUUUUUCCAAUCCUCGACUCCAGGGUGGUGCCUUGGUGGCUGAUGACGGCACUUCCCUCAAGCCAAACGACAAUGUAUAUCUGGUGUGUGAGCCUCCUGGUGAGCCUUACUACCUGGGCCGCAUCAUGGAAUUCCUGCAUGUUCAAAACGACCAGAGUAAACCGAUUGAUGCCAUUCGGAUCAAUUGGUUUUAUCGACCCAAAGACAUCGGCAAGAAAGUCAACGACACUCGGCUCGUUUUUGCAACCAUGCAUUCCGACAUUAGUCCGUUGACGUCGUUGCGCGGCAAAUGCCUAAUCAAGCACAAGGCCGAAAUUCCCAAGAUGAAUGAAUACCGGAGAACGCCGGACUGCUUCUGGUACGAGAAACUGUACGAUCGCUACAUCCAGAAAAACUACGACUUGAUCCCCACGUCGCAGAUCGUCAAUGUUCCCGAAAAAGUCAAAAAAGUGCUCGACGAGCGCUGGAAGUUCAUUAUUGUGGAGCAGGGUCGUGGCAAGGAAUUCACUAGCGCCGUGAAGUUGUGCAAGCGUUGUAGUGGGUACUGCGCCAGCAACGACUCGGUGGAUUGCGCUGUCUGCAAGAACACUUAUCACAUGAACUGUGUAAGGCCACCCUUGCUAAAGAAGCCUUCGCGAGGCUUCGCGUGGUCAUGCGCGGCGUGUAGCCGUGCGCAGGAGCGGAAGCUGGAGGCUCGACACACCCCUAACAUGGUGGAGCCCUCCGCCGACGCCGACGAGGAGGAGCUGUACGAUGAGGAGGAGGAGGACUUGCAGGGCGUCGACACGGCGCGGACCAGCCCGGCCAAUGCGGACGACGACGACGACUCUCAUCGGACCGGAACGGCCGAGCAGAUUUACCAAGCUAGCCUCUGGCCCUGGCGUUAUCUAGGCAUGCAUUGCAAGCCCGAGGACGCGUUGGAUUACGACGACCGGAUCUAUCCUCGUGCGAGCACUCGGGUAGGACCUCGCCAUCAGGCUACCGUGCUUCCCUGGCCGGGUCGGCCGGUGGAGUACAUGAAGCCGUUGGAGUACAAAAAGAGCGGGAAAAAGGACUCCAAGAUGUCGAAGGAAGCGCACGCCGCCUACGAGGCCGAAAAGGCCCGACGCGAAAAGCUACCGAAAUGGUUCCAGGACGAGCCACCUGGCUAUGUGGCCCGAGGCAAGGACUGCGACAGCGACGACCCUGACGCCACAGCAACUCUGCUUUGGAAACCGCCAUCGGGGGCGGACAAUGGCCAGGAGGAAGAGGUCAGGUUCGAUCAGUACAUGAGUAAAGCGAAGAAAAUGGCGUCCCAGCUCGGCUUGAGCCCUGUUUCGACUAACCUGCAGGACGUCGCGCUUGAGACGUACUUCCACUGUGGCUACUCGGCAGAUCGUGCACUGGAGGUUCUAUCCGAGACGGAAAAGGCCGCGUUCAAAGAGCCCGAGUUGACGCCGGCCGAGCAGAAGAAAUUCGAGGAGGCCGUCACAAAAUACGGAUCCGAGCUUCAGUUGGUCACCAGACAUGUCAAGACUGUGCCGUACGGGGCAAUCGCUCGGUACUACUACAUUUGGAAGAAGACCAAACAGGGCAGGCAUAUUUGGGGCAAUUUUCAGAACCGCAAGGGCAAAAAGGAGGCUAAGAAAGCUGAGGCAGCUGCGAAUAAGCUGCAAGACGACAUCGCCGAUGAUGGGGACGAUUCAGCCUUUGACGCGGAGAAAGCUGCCCAGAAGAAGAAGAGCUUCAUCUGCAAGUUCUGCGGUUCCAAAUCUUCCCGUCAAUGGAGGAGGGCGCCAAAUGCGUCGAACGCCCUGGUCACCGAGAAUGGCGGCAGGAGCAAUCAGAAAGAUAAGAACGACCAGUACAUCCAGGCCUUGUGUCGUCGUUGCGCCGAGCUCUGGCGACGUUAUGCCAUUCAAUGGGAAGAUUUGGAGGAGGUGGCCAAGAAACUGGCGCAGUCUGGCAACCGAGCCUGGAAGCGGAAGCAGGACGAGGAGCUUCUCAAGGAACUGGUCGCGGCAAAUGAGCUCCUUAUGGCCUACGGCACGCCCGAGCCGUCCAACCAGCCGACUCCACCUUCCACCUCGGACAACGGCGCAACCUCAGGAGAGCCACCCCGAAAGAAGCUCAAGGGUCUUCCCGCCGAGAAGGAACUGGACCUUGCCGCGUCAGACUCGGGCACUACUUCUGCCCCUCAGACUAAGAAGAAGGAGAAGGUCGUCGAAAAACCAGCCCCGCCGCCGGUGCCAGAAAUCCCGAAACCAAAGACCAUGCCCUGCGCCAUCUGCGACCAGCUAGAGCCACUGGGCGAUCAGCACCUGUCUUGCAAGGAGUGCAGGCUGACAGUCCACCGCAAAUGUUACGGAGUUGUUGACAACCGGGUCUCUGGGAAAUGGAGUUGCGAUAUGUGUAUGAACGAUAAGAACCCACAAGUCUCCAUUCAUUACAAAUGUGUAUUGUGUCCCGUGGAGUACACCGAACACGAUUUCGUCGAAGCUCCGAAAGUAUCUUCUCAUAAGAAGAAGUCAGAGAAGGAGAAGGAGCGCGAGCGGCUGGAGCGUGAACAGGCCCAUAAAGCGGCCGAAUACUACAGGAAGAAGCAAGAGGAACUAAACCGUCCGGUCAACCCCCGGGAGCCCCUCAAGCGCACGGCAGACAACAAUUGGGUACAUGUCACGUGCGCCGUGUGGACGCCGGAGGUCAAGUUUGGGACUGCGAAGGCACUCAGCCCUUCGGAAGGGAUCCCUUCGAUUCCCCGCGUGAGAUACGACGAAGUCUGCAAAGCCUGUGGUCACAAGGGUGGGGCGUGCGUGUCUUGUCACCAUUGUAAAGCUUCGGUGCAUGUUGAGUGCGCUCGACAGCACGGGUAUCUGCUAGGGUUUGACAUAACACCCAUCAAGGGAUCUCGACGAGAGCAACACAGCAUUGUCACCAUCAAGGGCGAAACCGGCGCCAUGUCCGCUGCCAUCUGGUGCAAAGAGCAUGUGCCUACGAAGACGAUCGUCCACCGGAUGCACGAUAUUGUGAGCGACGACGGACACAACGCCUUGCAGCUUUACGUCCGAAGUUGUAAGCAGGCCGACCUUACGUUGACAGGCACUGUCAGGAAGGCAAAUCUCAUCGCGAACGCCACUAAGAUGGCAAGUGCACCGAUCACGACCGGAGCUCGACGUGCAUCUACGACAAAUUUGGCGCCGGCGACCCAUGGUUCAUCAAAUGGAGGCCAUAGCGAGUCGACGACGACUCGGGACCUUUCUCGGGUCUGCAUAACCUGCGGCAUUGAUACAACGCCGAGAUGGUAUCGGAUAGAUGAGUCGGACGAACGCGACCUGGCGAACGGGCAUUACGGCACGGAGGCGCAGAAAUUCAUCGAACAAAGGAAGUUCCAGUGUCACAAGUGUCGCAAAGCAGGACGAAAACCCAAUCCACAUCCUCCUCCUAGAGAACCAUCGCCUCCUCCGAAGGAGCCACUUCCGGUACCGCCUCCGCUGCCACUUGCCCAAACGCCGCUCGCCGCCCCACUCUCGCUGAGGAGUCCGCCUCCCCUUGUUCCCUCUGAACCGAGGCGGCCGAGCACGUCAUACCCAUGGGGUGGGCCUGUUAUCCCUCCUCCUUCUCACGCCCCUCCCCCUCCCCAACACGCCUCCCCUCCAGGAGGGCCUCCCCCGGUGAUGGCGGCUGCGCCGCCUAUUCAGGUGCCGGGACCGCCUCCGACGCACAGUCACCAUCCCGCUCCUGGAACCGGCAUGCCGUACGGCGCUCCUCCAGGCCCUAGAUACCCCGAUUGGCACGGCCAGCCGCAUCCGCAACUUGGGUCACCUCCUGUGAGGCAGGUCAAUGGCGUGGGCCAAGCGGGAGGAGCCUUGGGUAACUUGUCAGCUCUGCGGCCACCGCCAUUAUCUAUGGCCCCUGUCCCUCCACUGCCGCCUGCUAUCCCCAAUGGACACCAUGGACCAGCAAUGCAGAACGGGCUCCCACCGUCACCGCAUCGAGUUGAUGGGCACCCACCUCCUAUGCCCCACCCUUCGCCUUUUGGCCACCCGUACCAUCACAAUCUUCCUCCGUCGCAUGGCAUGCCCAACGGUUGCUUGCCGAACGGAGGACCACUACCGCCACCGCCGCCAUCACGUGGUCCGGACUCAUUCCCACAGAACCUCCUGGCGCAGAGGACGUCAUUUGCGGCACCUCACGGUAGCCCCCCGGCGCCAGCUCCGAGAGACGGGCCGUUGGCAAGAGAAGCCCGCGAACCGAGCGGGCCUCUCAGCACACCCAAUAUUAGACCAAGCGUUCCUCCCAGACCAGCUGGGGCUAGCACAAGCCCUUCGCUCCGCAACUUAUUGUCUUGA